GAGUUUUACCACAAUUCUGUUACCCGUUCUUAAGCAAGGUGCAAUGGAUCUACAGGUGAAGCGGCUCACAUUUUGUCUGAGCAUAUUUGUAUGCAUCUGGAAUUGGCAAAUCGGUGAAGUAAACUCCUCCGGAUGCCAUUAUUUCAGCACUGACAAGCGCGACUGGUUUGAUGCCCUGACUUCCUGCCAACGAUUAAGUAUGUGCUUGGCUGAUGUAAGCACCGCACAAACCUUCCAAGAGAUCGAAAGUAAACUGCUUGACCGCGAAGAGUAUUGGUUCGGCUUAAAUGGAUACGAGAAAAUUACCUUUAAAUACGUAUCCUCUAACCAGCCGCAGAACUACGUGCCGCCACAAUCCCAACUUUCAUUAUCAACAGCGUGUGGGUACCUAAAACCUUUGGGUCCUGACGCGUACGCUAUUAGUACAGCAUCUUGCGGGCAGCUCAAACGAUUUGUGUGCACCCCUACCGUAAAAUGCAAUGGCCUUGAGACGAACAGCAGCUUUAUUUCCAACUUCCCCACGGAAGUGCCCUGCCAGCUCAGCCCUGAAGUAUCGACUAUACUCGGCAUUUGAAUUUGUAAUGCUACGCUGCUAUUUUAAUAAAUUACUUUCAAUUGGCCUGAACCUUGAGUUCGAAACCUUA